CGCAGAUCUUUGUUUUGACUGAAAAUGCCGUCGGUUUCGAAAACGGCGCUGAGCGGAUCCCCGCAGACCGAGAAACCCACUCACUACACGCAUGAAAGUCACAAUCGCUUGGUUGUUAAUGCAGAACAUUUAAGAUACUUAAAGGAAUUUAGAACCGAACAGUGCCCACUGUUUUUGCAGCACAAAUGUAUGCAGCACAGACCUUUCACCUGUUUUAACUGGCAUUUUUUAAAUCAGCGCCGACGCAGACCCAUCCGAAGGCGUGAUGGGACCUUUAACUACAGCCCUGACGUUUAUUGUACUAAAUAUGAUGAAACCACAGGAAUGUGUCCAGAUGGAGAUGAUUGUCCAUAUUUGCAUCGCACAACAGGAGACACAGAAAGAAAAUACCAUUUGAGAUAUUACAAGACUGGUACUUGUAUUCAUGAAACAGAUUCUCGGGGGCAUUGUGUGAAGAACGGGCCUCAUUGUGCCUUUGCCCACGGUCCACAUGACCUUAGACCGCCUGUCUAUGAUAUUCGGGAAAUCCAGGCGCAGGAAGCUUUACAGAAUGGGCAGCUUGGCAGUGGCGAUGGAAUCCAUGACCUGCAGCCAGGAGUUCUAGCCAGCCAAGCAAUGAUCGAGAAGAUCCUGGGUGAGGAUCCUCGAUGGCAAGAUACAAACUUUGUUUUAGCCAGCUAUAAAACCGAGCAAUGUACCAAACCACCAAGACUUUGCCGCCAAGGAUAUGCCUGUCCACAUUAUCACAACAGUCGAGAUAGAAGACGCAAUCCCAGGAAAUUCAAAUACAGAUCGACACCAUGCCCCAGCGUAAAACAUGGUGAUGAGUGGGGAGAGCCUUCUAAGUGUGAUAGUGGGGAUAAUUGUCAAUACUGCCAUUCCCGCACUGAGCAGCAAUUCCAUCCAGAGAUCUACAAAUCUACUAAAUGCAAUGACAUGCGGCAAACUGGAUACUGCCCACGCGGUCCGUUCUGUGCUUUUGCACACGUUGAACGUAUUCCUUCAGCAGAGGAAGCCAUGAAUGUUAUGAUGCAGUCAAGCUGUCAUUUAAAACAAGGUCCUUCACACUAUUCAUCAGACAGCAUAGGACUUUCCAGUGACUGGAACAAUUCGCUGAGUUGUACAAACAGUAUCUUGAACCACAGUGAUCAAACAGUAAAUAUUUCAUGCUGUAGUAGUCCAACAGUUGCCUCCAGCUCAGGGAGCAGUAGCUCCUUCUCGCCUGUUGGAUCCAUAGGCAGGCCAAAAUCAUUAGCAAAUGGUAUGUGUUGUGACUCUACCACCCCAGGUGUCUCUUCACCAAGCUCUAACUAUCCACGGGCGCCCGGUUUUGAACGAGAAGAUCAGGCAAAACACAAGUGCGCAUCACUGGAUAAUCAUAAAAUGAAUGAUCAAGAAAAUAAACAGAGCCAUCUCAGUGUUUUUUCAGUGGUAAAUCCACUGGCUUCCAGUAUAACCUCCAGUAUAACUUCUAGUCUGGCAUCCAGUAUUGGUUCAGAUAGUUCAUCCCCUACUGCGCUAUCAAGUGUAAAUGCCAAAGCACUCCCAUUCUACCCUGCUAGUAAUACAGUUGAUUCAGUAAUAGGUUCUGCACUAGAUCUUCAUUUUAGCAAUAUAAAUGUGUCCUCUGUAGAUAAAGAAUUUGAAGACCCAGAUAACAGUGACCUAGGUAUAUCAAGUCAAAGGUUACUGGGAAGUUCAGCACCUGUUAAUAUACCAGGAUCUCUGGCUCGUUCUUCAUCUCUCCAUUCAUCAUCCUCUCUCUCAACUUCUCCACUGAGUUCUCUGUCCCAGUCACUGUCCCAGUCCUACCUGGCAUCCAGUAUGGCUCCCCGUCAGCAGCCAUCUCAGCCUGCAAAGUCUGAACAUGGAGUCUUGGGCACAUCCACCUCUUCCCACAACUUGGGUUUAAAUGGCGUUACUGGCAGUAUUUGGGACUUCGUUAGUGGGAGUUUCUCUCCCAGUCCUUCUCCAGUCUUUAGUAGUGGUACCACUCCCUCCGCUAGUGCCAACUCCAAUGCAAAUGAGCUGUCCCGUGUUAGGCGAGAGCUUGAUGAAGCCAAGAGAAAAAUAAAAAGAUGGGAGGAUUCCUGGCAACAGGUGAAACAGGCAUGUGAUGCGUGGCAGAAAGAAGCCCAGGAAGCAAAGGAACGCGCUAAAGUGGCCGGAGCUGACAGACAGAUCGCAUUACGGCAAAAGGAGGAGGUGGAGGUUAAGCUAAAGAAGCUCCAAGAAGAAUAUGAUGUGUUGCGCGUUUCACCCCAGUUUUCUAUAAUGAGGAAGUAUGGUGAUAUAGAGAAGCUCCCUUUACCAAAGCUACAUUCUUUGAAAAGCCAGCUUUGUUCUGACUUGGAAACCAUUGAAGGGUUGAUAUUCCAGCUACAUUCCCAGAAAUGUGAUGUCUGCCACGAACAAGACCGAAGUGUUGUCCUCCCGUCCUGCGAGCAUUAUGUAUUAUGUGAGCGGUGCGCUUCUAGCGAACCCGUAUGUCCUUACUGCAAGACCAAAAGAAUGAAAUGGUGAUCAACCAUUCCACAGCUAUUUAUCAAUCCACUGAGAAAAUCACGUAUUAUGUAAACAAAAACAAAUAUCGCAUUCUGUGUUUAGUAUUUGCUAUAUGAGAGAGAAAUUAUAGGUGAACAAUGUAUCUCUUAAAAGUGAUAGACUGAUCUCUACCCUCAUAGGGCACCAAGGAUUCUCAGAUCAAAUUAAUUGGUUUGCUGGGGAUCACUAAUAAUUAAAUCCAAGUAUUUUACUGCUUCUUGAUAUUGUUAGAUUUCCACCAUUAAUAACAUUUAUUAUGAUGUUGUGGAUUCAGCCAUGGUAAAAAAAAAAAGAAAAGGCUUCAUAUCAAGAGGGUAUAAUUGUAUCCUGAUUGUAUACAGUUAAUCACUCUACAUAUUUGAUUGUUUAAUGAAAAAAGUAGCAAUGCAAUACAAUAUAAGAAUAGUUUUACCUUUUUUAUAGGUCGAAAGGAUUCCUAAAAAAAACUCAAAAACAAAACAAACAAAAAAUAUUUUAUAUUUUUUUCAUAAA